UUGCUUCCCUUCACUACAAUUUCUGCUCUUGUGCUAUAGAGUUUGCUGGUCAUGGCAGGGUGCUGAGAAACCCUUGGAUUUUCAGGCUUACUGUACUGAUAGGGCCAAAGGACGAACCACUAAGGAGAGAGGAACUCAUUCAGCACUGGAAUAAUGGGCAGUAAGUACCACUGGCAGAGCCAAAAUGUCAAGCAGAGUGGUGUUGAUGACAUGGUGCUUCUCUCCAAGAUCACUGAAGAGGCAAUUGUGGAAAAUCUCAAAAAAAGAUACAUGGAUGACUACAUUUUUACUUAUAUUGGGCCUGUCUUGAUAUCUGUGAAUCCAUUUAAACAGAUGCCUUACUUCACUGACCAGGAAAUUGAGCUCUAUCAGGGAGCUGCCCAGUAUGAGAAUCCACCACACAUUUAUGCUCUGACAGAUAACAUGUACAGAAACAUGAUGAUUGACAGUGAAAAUCAGUGUGUCAUUAUCAGUGGAGAAAGUGGUGCAGGAAAGACAGUAGCUGCCAAGUACAUUAUGGGCUACAUCUCUAAAGUAUCAGGAGGAGGAUCCAAAGUACAGCAUGUGAAGGACAUUAUCCUGCAAUCAAACCCUCUGCUUGAAGCAUUUGGGAAUGCAAAGACGGUCCGCAACAACAAUUCAAGUCGCUUUGGUAAAUACUUUGAGAUCCAGUUCAGCCGAGGUGGAGAGCCAGACGGAGGGAAGAUCUCCAACUUCCUACUGGAAAAAUCACGAGUCGUGAGCCAGAAUGAAAAUGAAAGGAACUUUCACAUCUUCUACCAGCUAAUAGAGGGAGGCUCAUCUCAGCAGAAAGAAGAGUUGGGAGUUAUAACCCCAGAUUACUACUACUACCUGAACCAGUCUGGCAUUUACAAGGUGGAUGGAACUAAUGACAGCAAGGACUUCCAGGAAACUAUGGAAGCCAUGCGGGUGAUCGGCAUACCAGAGAUGUGUCAGAGGCAGGUGCUGCAGAUUGUAGCAGGCAUCUUACACCUGGGCAACAUUAGUUUCAUUGAGGCGGGAAACUACUGUCAGGUGGAAAGCACAGACUUAUUAGCAUUUCCUGCAUACCUGCUGGGCAUCGAUCAGAGACGUCUACAGGAGAAACUCACCAGCAGGAAAAUGGAUUCCAAAUGGGGUGGCAAGUCUGAAUCUAUCAACGUGACUCUGAACAGGGAACAAGCAUGCUACACGCGAGAUGCUCUCACCAAAGCUCUCUACACUCGCCUUUUUGACUACCUUGUGGAGGCAAUUAACAAAGCCAUGCAGAAACCUGUUGUAGAGCUCAGCAUCGGAGUUCUGGAUAUUUAUGGAUUUGAGAUUUUCCAGAGAAAUGGUUUUGAGCAGUUCUGCAUCAACUUUGUGAAUGAAAAGUUGCAGCAGAUAUUUAUUGAGCUGACACUGAAAGCCGAACAGGAAGAGUAUGUACAGGAAGGCAUCAAAUGGACACCCAUAGAAUACUUUAACAACAAAGUUGUGUGUGACUUAAUAGAAAAUAAACUGAAUCCCCCAGGCAUCAUGAGUGUUCUGGAUGAUGUCUGUGCCACAAUGCAUGCCACGGGUGAAGGUGCUGAUUUGACCUUGCUUCAGAAACUACAAGCUGCUGUGGGGACACAUGAUCACUUCAACAACUGGAACUCUGGUUUCGUCAUUCACCAUUAUGCUGGCAAGGUGUCAUAUGAUAUCAGCGGCUUCUGUGAGAGAAACAGAGAUGUGCUUUUCCCUGAUCUAAUAGAACUAAUGCAAAGCAGUGAAUAUGACUUCAUCCGAAGUCUCUUCCCAGAAAACCUCAACACGGAUAAGAAAAGUAGACCAACCACAGCUAGCUCAAAGAUCAAAAAGCAAGCCAACGAACUGGUUAGUACACUGAUGAAGUGCACACCACACUAUAUCCGCUGCAUCAAACCCAACGAGACCAAAAGACCCAAAGAUUGGGAGGAGAGCAGAAUGAAACAUCAAGUGGAAUAUCUGGGCUUGAGGGAGAAUAUUAGGGUACGACGUGCUGGCUUUGCUUAUCGUAGAAUCUUUCAGAAGUUUUUACAGAGGUAUGCCAUCCUGACACCAGAGACAUGGCCAAAUUGGCGGGGUGCGGAACAGCAGGGCGUUUUGCACCUUUUGCGUUCUGUAAACAUGGACACAGAUCAGUACCAAAUGGGCCGCACCAAAGUCUUCAUCAAGAAUCCAGAGUCGUUAUUUUUGCUGGAGGAAAUGAGAGAGAGGAAGUUUGACACAUUUGCCAGAACCAUUCAGAAGGCAUGGAGGAAAUACACUGCUAAGAAGAAAUAUGAACAGAUGCGAGAGGAGGCCUCUGAUAUACUGUAUAACUCUAAAGAGCGUCGUAGAAAUAGCAUAAACAGGAACUUUGUUGGAGAUUAUCUGGGCAUGGAAGAGAGGCCUGAACUCCGGCAGUUCCUGGCCAAGAGGGAGCGGGUUGACUUUGCAGACUCUGUCAACAAGUUUGACCGCAGAUUUAAGACAAUAAAGAGGGAUAUAAUACUGACACCAAAGUCCAUUUACCUUAUCGGUCGGGAGAAGGUAAAGAAGGGACCAGAGAAGGGACAGAUAAAGGAAGUUCUGAAAAGAAAGCUGGACAUCAGCAAUGUUCGUUCAGUCUCUUUGAGCACAAGACAAGAUGACUUCCUCAUCCUACAUGAGAAUGAGUAUGACAGUCUGCUGGAGUCCACUUUUAAGACAGAGUUCCUCAGUCUGCUGUGCAAGCGCUAUGAAGAGCAGACCAGAAACAAACUUUUGCUGUGCUUCAGCGACAGGCUGGAGUUCCAUGUGAAGAAGGAGGGCUGGGGAGGGGGCGGCACCCGCGUGGUGGUAUUCCAGAGGGGGCAGGCUGAUGUAGCUCUGAUCAAACCAGGAGGAAAAACACUUUCUGUCUCAAUAGGAGAUGGACUUCCAAAGACAUCCAAGCCAACCAGGAAGGGCAUGCCACAGAGUCAUGGAGGAAGAAGCCAGCCACGACACAGAGGGGCCCAUCAGAAUGGUGCUGUACAGUUUCCCCGGGCUAUUGCUCAUCAGCAGCAGAGAGAAGCUACAUACUCCCUUCCUGUGAAUCAGAACCUUCCACCCAGCAAUGCUCUUCCUAAACUGGGAUCCCAGAAGAAUCAGCGAGGCUCCAGGCACGCCCAGAAUCAAUCCACGAACCUUGACUUCCUUAAUGUACCUGAUCAGGGCAUGUCAGGUAUGCAGCGCAAAAGGAGUAUCAGCCAGCGCCCUCCACCGGCCCCCUCGAGUCGACCCAGACCUCAGCCCCGACCGCAAGGCCCUCGUUGCAGAGCGCUCUAUCAAUACGUGGGCCAAGAUGUGGAUGAAAUUAGCUUUGAUGUUAAUGACAUCAUAGACCUAAUCAAUGAAGAACCAUCUGGCUGGUGGCGAGGACGGAUUAAUGGGAAGGAGGGUCUCUUUCCUGGGAACUACGUUGAGAAGAUCUGACCUCUCCAAGUCAAUGAAUUAGAUAGUUUUGAUGAACCGGUACUCUGACUUUUGACCGCUAACCUCCUCUGUUUCAUGGAUUCUCUUAGGCUCUGGGAAUUAUACUCCAUUCAAAGCCAGUGAGAGAUCAGUGGCUUAAAUCCAACAUCAAAGAUGUUGUCAGUACAUCUUAGUGUAUUGCAGAAUUGUAUAACGAAAAGUGUUUACAAAGACUUUCGAGCACUGUCUAGAAAUGACCACUAGAAAGCGCUGUUGUGCAGUUUAAAAGAUUUUUCAGAAUAGGCUUUUAAAAAUAGCAAAAUUAGAAAAUGAACAGAAUAGCAGAUUAUCACAUUUCCUUUUUUAUUUAUUUAUUUAUUUUAUUUUAUUUUUUCUUUUUUUGGGGGGGUGGGAUUUUCUCCCUUUUUCUCCUCAGUUUGGAAUGCCCAAUUCCCAAUCCGCUCUGAGUCCUCGUGGUGGCAUAGUGACUUGUCUCAAUCCAGGUGGCAGAGGACAAAUCUCAGUUGCCUCCACGUUUGAGACCAUCAAUCCGUGCAUCUUAUCACUUAGCUUGUUGAGCGCGUUACUGCAGAGACCUAGCGCAUGUUGGGGCUUCAUGCUAUUCUCUGCGGCGUCCACGCACAACUCGUCAUGCACCCCAACGAGAGUGAGAACCACAUCAUGGUGACUACGAGGAGGUUAACCCAACGUGACUCUACCCACCCUAGCAACCGGGCCAGUUGGUUGCUUAAGAAGCCUGACUGGAAUCACUCAGCACACCCUGAAUUCACAUUUCCUUUAUUUAAUCAAAAUAUUUUUUAUGUGUUGGGUGAUGUUGUAUCCUUUUAUGUAAUAUUGCUUUCUCUUCCGUAUAAAGUGUUUAAUCAGAAAUAUGACAAAUUGAUGUCUGUGUUACUAACAGUAUUAAAGAGAGCUUUGUUUAAAAAUA